UGACGUCUUCGUGAUAAUAGUGAAUUAUAAGUCAGAAAGAUUAAAUUUAUUGUUUUUUGUUGAGUUUUUCCCUAUAAAAAUAAAAGUGAAAAAAAAUCGUAACUUCUUUAAUAAUGUAAGCCUAUAGAAUAAUGUGUUAUUGUGUAUUAAACUUCAUGCAGCUCAAAAUGAUUGACAUUCGAUAAAUAUGUGUGUUACAUUUUUGACGCACUCAAAACAACAAUUCAUUUUCAACGAUAUAUCAUCUUCAGCCCCUCGACGUCCGCCACCAUGAACUAUGACCCUGCAUAUUGAGACCUGGCCAGUACUGAUAUAAUGUCUGAUAAUAACGUUGUUACCAUCACGACUGGAUUUCAUCAACUAUGCAUUACCAUCGAAUGUGCUCAUAUCCGUACGGGUAGUUUUUUAAAACCAAACCCGUACGUGGAGGUUACAGUUGACGAUCACAAGCAUUCCCGCAAAACAGAAGUUGUUAAGAACACUUAUCAGCCGAAAUGGAACGAAGAAUUCACUGUUUUGGUCACGCCCACUUCUUAUCUGCACUUCCGUCUACUGGAUCACAACAGCUUCCGGAAAGACGCGGUCAUCGGAGAAAAACGGCUCAACUUGUAUCAGAUUUUGACCCAUUAUCAUGGAAGAUGUGACAAUUUGGAAGUUACUUUGGAUUUAUUAUCCGAUUCUAAAAGUAUAAGCCCUCAUAACAAAGUUGGAGAGUUGGUUACAUUAUUUGAUGGACUAAGAGUUGACUUGAGCACAAUAGUGGUACCUGAAUCUAUACGUAAUGCUACAGUCACAAAUUCAAACAGAGAUUCAACAUCAAAUAGGAGUGUUUUGAAUGAAGGCGUCCAUGCAAGAAUGCGAUUAAGAGGUUCAGAGAAUCCAAUUGCAGUUCCUUCGCAUAACCAAUUGUCUCAAGCUUUAUCUCAUAGAGGUAGCAUUUCGGGCAUGCUUCAAGCACAGCCGGUUGCGAUGCCUAUGCCUAUGCCCAUGCCGACAACAUCUUCUCGUUCUUCCGUGCAUUUGCAGCAAGUUCCAGGUCCUCCUUUGGGUCAUCCUCCACUUGUUGGUCCUAAUGUAACACCCUUAACAAAUGGAGCCUCAGAGCCGCCUGUGACAAAUGGAAAUGGAGCAUUAAAUGCCGUCAGUACCAGCACUGCUGCAGGAACCGCCAAUGGAACCCCAGGUGUGAAUCCUACUUCAGCUAGCAAUGGUGUUGAAGAAACAAUGCCUUCAGGAUGGGAAAUGAGAUAUGAUGUUUAUGGAAGAAGAUAUUAUGUUGAUCACAACACUCGUUCAACGAGUUGGGAGCGCCCUCAGCCUCUUCCUGCUGGAUGGGAGAUCCGCCGAGACCCCCGAGGGAGAGUAUACUAUGUUGAUCACAAUACACGAUCCACCACAUGGCAAAGGCCUAGUCCGGAACGAUUACAACAUUAUCAACAAUGGCAAGGAGAACGCGCACAUGUGGCACAACAGGCGAAUCAAAGGUUUCUCUAUCCUGCACAAGCGCAGGCAUCCGGCGCUCCCGGUGUAUCUGGCGCUGCUGCUGGAUCAUCUGGCUCACCUCCCUUAAUAACCGCGCCUUCUGUUUCAAUGCCUACCACAGCAGCAAUGGCAAUGGCUGGAACUGUGCCAGACGAUUCUGAUACUCUAGGGCCUCUGCCUGCAGGAUGGGAGAAACGUGUCCAGCCAGAAGGACGUGUAUAUUUUGUUAAUCAUAAAAACAGAACUACGCAAUGGGAAGAUCCUAGAACACAAGGUCAAGAAUCGAGUGCUCCAGAUGACCCUCCAUUGCCUCCUGGAUGGGAGAUUAGACAUACAGAAGAUGGCGUUCAAUACUUUGUUGAUCACAACACUAGGACUACUACAUUCCAGGAUCCAAGGCCAGGUGCUCCAAAAGGACCGAAAGGUGUUUACGGUGUUCCACGGGCGUAUGAGCGUUCAUUCCGCUGGAAAUUAUCCCAGUUUCGAUUUUUAUGUCAAAGUAAUGCUUUGCCAUCUCAUAUAAAAAUAACUUUAACUCGACAAACUCUUUUCGAAGAUUCUUAUCACCAAAUAAUGCGGCUGCCUGCAUAUGAACUUCGUCGGCGAUUGUAUAUAAUAUUCCGCGGUGAAGAAGGUUUAGACUAUGGUGGCGUAUCUAGAGAAUGGUUUUUCUUACUUUCCCAUGAAGUACUGAAUCCUAUGUACUGUUUGUUCGAAUAUGCGAAUAAAAAUAAUUAUAGUUUACAAAUCAACCCGGCAAGUUACGUAAACCCGGACCAUUUAUUAUAUUUCAAAUUUAUCGGUCGAUUUAUCGCGAUGGCCCUAUAUCAUGGAAGAUUUAUCUAUUCGGGAUUCACAAUGCCUUUUUAUAAACGAAUGCUUAAUAAAAAAUUGACCAUGAAAGAUAUAGAAUCUAUUGAUCCAGAAUUUUACAAUUCUCUCAUCUGGAUAAAAGAUAAUAAUAUUGACGAAUGCGCAUUAGAGUUAUUCUUCGGGGUAGAUUUUGAAGUCUUGGGACAAGUUAUACAUCAUGAACUGAAAGAUAGUGGUGAUAAAAUUAGAGUUACUGAAGAAAAUAAAGAAGAAUAUAUAAGGCUUAUGACUGAAUGGAGAAUGACCAGAGGUAUAGAAGAUCAAACCAAGGCUUUCCUGGAUGGAUUUAGUGAAGUGGUACCAUUAGAAUGGCUCAAAUACUUUGAUGAGCGUGAACUUGAACUGAUGCUCUGUGGAAUGCAGGAAAUAGAUGUUGACGAUUGGCAAAGAAAUACUAUUUACCGUCAUUAUACAAGAAACAGUAAACAAAUUGUAUGGUUUUGGCAGUUCGUACGUCAAACAGAUAACGAAAAACGGGCACGUUUGCUCCAAUUUGUUACUGGAACCUGUCGUGUUCCAGUAGGAGGUUUUGCCGAAUUAAUGGGUUCCAACGGACCGCAACGAUUUUGUAUAGAAAAAGUGGGCAAAGACACCUGGUUACCGAGGUCUCACACCUGUUUCAAUAGAUUAGAUCUACCCCCCUACAAAAGUUAUGACCAGAUGGUCGAAAAACUAAAUUAUGCUAUUGAAGAAACAGAAGGCUUUGGUCAAGAAUAAAUACGAGAGAGGUUAGAGCUUAGUUUUUAAAUAAUAGCUAUGUUUUAGUAUUUAACUAUGCUAUGAGCAGGGUCAAUCAAAUACAAAUAGAUUGUUUUUGUAAAUCGUUGCAUGAAAUUCUCAAGGAAAAAUACUUCAGAUUUAUUCAAGCAUAUUGAAUCUUUAAAAGUUUGAUCUUUAACAA